UCAAAAUUAAAAAAAACACAUCAACCCACGUUUUGAGGUUAGACCCAAUCGUUACUUCGUUGAUAAAUAUAAUAAAUAAUGACUUUAUUCAAGCUAAGAACUGCUCCACUCUUAUUAAUAGAAGAUGAUGGUAAUAAAAAUAUCUUACCUUUACUUCUAGAUCUUGUGCAACAGGAGAAAACUAGUUUGAACUUAUUUUGUUAUGAACAACCUGCUUCAAACUGGAGAAAUAUUUUGAAAGAAAAACAAAACAUUAUUUAUUAUAAGGAAUAUGAUCCAGAUUUAUAUGAUAAGUAUACAAGUGGCAAAUGUUCUGUUAUCGUUGACUCUGUUAACCAAAUGGCAAUAUGUUUAAGUUGGAGUAAAUGUUUGGAAAAUAUUAAAAGGUUUCUGUCGAACCAAAAUGUUGCACAAAUAAUAUUAGUAUUGCACAAGGAUUGUUUACCACAUUACUCAAAGCUUCGGAUACAUCUAAAUCACAUUGCUAGUGCUAUCAUUUCAUAUGAUAAGACGGAUCCUUGUAAAGUCAAUAUUCAGUUGAAAAAGAGUGGCAAAGUUGUCAAGUCCGAGGAGAUAUUGACAUUGGAUAAUAGAACUGGUGUAUUGAAAACUGUGCCUAUUGUCAAAGCAGAGAAAAAGGAAGAGGAGCCAGAAAAGCCACUACCUGGUAACUUGACCACAUUCAAGAUAGAAGUAGACCAAACUGACAAGCUUGAGAAGUAUAAGCUUAAACUCCCUUACAUGAGCAAAAUCAAUGAAGGCGAGAGCAAAGUGUACUAUGAACCAGAUGCUGUUGAUGACUGGGAUGAAGAAGACCCUGAUGAGGAUUUAGACAUAUGAAUAAAAUUAUUCAAAUGUUAUUGUC